AUGUGGAAAGUAGUCGUGUUUGUGUUUUUGCUGUCAUGCACGAACGUGACUGUGAAUGAUGCUGCAGACGGGAAACCUAAAUCUAGUAGACCUACAGACUCGUCCGAACCUGUGGAAAAUGUAAAGACAGAAGACACUGAGGGCGUCAAAACAAGUCCAAGUGAUCCUGCUUCUCAAAUUGUCCCAGGCAAACUACUGGUGAUCCCCAUGGACGGAAGUCACUGGGUGGGUGUCAAAGCCCUCGCACAAGAAAUGGGGCGUCGUGGACACCAGGUCACAGUGGUCAUUCCAGAGUUCAGCAUGCGGAUGGGUCCAGGAAAACAUUACGACACUAUAACCCACCCUGUCCCCUACGAUCAGGAAACCAUUGAUCAACUUUUGUCUAUGAAGAAGAACCUAAUGGACAAAUCGGAAUCGUCUUUCAUUCAGAAGAUAAGGAGCCGGUUUGCACACAUACAGCAAAUACAGGGCUUUAUCCACACGACUGCGGAGAGCCUGCUAUUCAAUGUUACUCUCAUACUACAUCUGGCACAGAAGGUGAGAUCAAAUACCAGCUGAUGCUAGAAACAGAUUUAAACCGAUUUAUUUAAUUUCAAUGUACUGUACGUAAACCAGAUUUUACAGGUGCUAAUUCAGGCUGGGUCUUUUUAAAAAUAUAUUUUGUGUUAAUGUGAAAUUUUUUCCUGUCUUGUGUUGUUUUUUUUUUUUUUUUUUUUUGUAUUUGAUGAAACGUCUUUGUGUUUUUUGAAACAUUUAUCUAUCACCUCUCCAAAAUAUUCAUGCCACUGACCUUCCUGGCCAUGAGGCUGUCAGCAGUGUCUGCAGAUUGUACAACUCAAUUUGUUUAAACAGCUUGGUGAGCACAGAUGUCAGUGGAUUACUUCAAAGUGCCAUCAAUCGAUUCAUCUCUACUUCAAAGUUUGAAAAUUAUUGUAUAAAUUGUUUAAUAUCAGCUGAAACAUUUUCACACAUGCAGCCUAAAAAUGUCCAAAGAAGUGUCAAAGUAUCAAAAAGUGACAAACUUACCCUCUAACUUUUAUGGAGGAGAGGGUAAAGGGAAAUUGUUGCCAUAGUAGAUUAAUCAAACAGUUGUAGAAGGGAUCAUGUACAGUAGUGUUUACAUUCAGCCAAACAAGAGGAAACUUAGGGGUGCACUCACCAGCUCUGAUGCCAUUACCUGGAUCGGGGGACAGAUUUUGCUCCACUUAUUCCUAACAGGGAUGACUGUGGCCUGGAAACUCCUCAGGCUGCUCUGCCAUCUAUGUGUGUGAACAGUCAAUAUUAGCUGACUCAAGGCCAGCCUGAGAUGGAAACUCUUUUUUUUUUUUUUCAAUAAUGUUUACCAAUUUAGGGAGCUAGCAAAAAGUUGUGUUUUUGCCCAUAGACUGUGUAAAGAAUGGACAGAGUCUGCCUCCCUGCUGGGUGAAGCCACUCCAAGAACAGCACCCUCUGAUGGUGGGCUGCAGUACAGGUCAUAAAUCCCGCCUCCGCCAGCAAAGCUUAUGGGGCUGUGGACAAAUUUUUAGAAAUUUAUUACACAGAACAUAAUUUUUUCUCCCCCCUGCUUGUGAUGUUGACAUAUAGUUAUUGUAAGACUGGUUUGUGCCCAAGUCCUUUUUUUUUCUGUACAGCUCUGUUUUUAAAAGUUAUUAGGGGGUUCAUGUUUUCUAUGAUUGACACCUGGUACAGCCUAUGGGUGUUCAGGGAUUGCGUAGCUCACCUGGGGGAUACGCCGUUUGAGCCGAGCGUCAUCACAGCAACUCUUGGCGACUGCGCGGCCGAAUGCACGCAUCGCUACUGCGCAGCUCUGGUUUCAAGGAAGUGGAGAAAAACCCGGAAUUACUGAGAACUUUUUGGCUUCAAAUCUGUAUACAGGUGGAAGGCGGAACCAAGUUUUCCAUAGUAUAUACAGUCUAUGCCAAAUACUAGUUCAUAACCUGGGGUGUGAAUCGCAGGCUACAUGACACACGGUAUUAGAGUGAUUCUUUUGACAGCAAAAAUAUGCCUGUUAAUAUCACUGAGGCUGCAACCAACAUGACUUUGAGUAGAUUCAAUUCAAGGCCUGCCAAGUCAUAAUUAUUUUAACUCCCCCCAAAACUACUUAAAUGUGGAUAAAACUAACUGUGAGAAUUAUUGUAGAACAAACUUUUUUUUUUUACUUAUAAUGGCAGAAAUAAAAUAAAAACUUGUACUCAAGUAACAGACAAAAAGAAAACACUUGCUUAUGCUUUUCUCAAUUCAAACAGGCGACAUAUACCAAUAAUUCAUGCUCUUUAAAUACACUCUAUCAAACUCAGAUUUUAAGAUAGUCAAGUCACUUGUGCCCGCUGUAUACUGUUGUCAUCGAUCACAGAUAUCCCAUACUUCCUCAUUUGUAAGUUUUGGGGCAACUGCAAAUGAGGAAGUAUGGGGUAUCUACAACUAUGAACCUAUCAGUAUUUUGAUGUCCAUUUCUAUGUCCUUAAAUGUUUGUUUAACACUCAGUAUCGGAUGUUUUGUCUUGACCGUGGUUGUAGCUGCUGUUGCAAAGUGCCUUUUUUUUUCUCCAAUUAAUGUUGAGUGCAUGUGUUUCUCUGCACGACACCAUGUGCUGAAUAAAAAGUCUUGUAGGAAGUCUUGUACUUCCUCUCAGCACAAGGCUGAGAUGAAAAUAGAGAGAAAGAUGUUUGUCCUAGUCAUGAUGUUUCUUCAUUAAUGCGCAUUGUUCAGCCCUCUCCUCAUCUUUUCUCCCUACAGGAGUUUGAUGCUGUCCUGACAGACCCCAUGGUGCCCACAGGAGCCUUAAUAGCUCAUAAACUAGGUGAGUUCCUCCACACAGAGGGUUGUCUCUAUCUUUGCACAGUCCUUACCGGUCUAUGAUUCAUCAUUUUCAGGUUUGCCCAUUAUCAAUGUGCUGAGGGCGAUCCCUUGUGGCCUUGAUCUGAAAGCAAUAGGCUGCCCCUCUCCACCUUCAUAUGUACCACGUUUCCUCACCGGGUAUACAGACAAAAUGACCUUCAAAGAGAGAACCAUCAACACUGUGGUGAGCAUGUUGACUCAGAUAUGAGUUAGCUUCUGCUCAGUUUUUUUUAUUACUUAGUCAGAUGAAAUCAAACUCUUACCUACAGAUUAAUGUUGGUUUGGACUCAAUGAGAGUGCGAUACCUCUGACCUACAGGUGGCUUUACUGGAGCCUUUGUUCUGCAGACUUGCGUUCUGGCGCUUUGACAACAUCGCCUAUCAGUUCCUGGGAGAGAAAGUGGGUGUGGCUGAGGUGCUGUCUGAGUCUGCUAUUUGGUUGCACAGGUAACUUAUGUAAGAGCUUUACCUGUAGAAGUACACACAUUUAUUCAUGAACGUCACAUGAUCUCAUGCAAUAUUCAAAAAGCCAUCUUUAGAACUAACCUAUAACAGUUAAUGCUGUGUACAAUGGAGUAUCUCAAAGCCACCUAAUAAAGAAAAGUUUCUGUUUGUUUAAACACCAAGCAGGUGAAGACAGGAGGAAGUUGCCUUAACCGCCUACGGAGCCACCCAAUACACUUACGCUUUUCCACAUUUACAACAAAAAAUGCAAAGUUACAAUGUUUUAGUGUCCAUACUAGAUGUAUGAAAAGUUUCAAAUCACAUGGUAAUAAUCUUAGAAAAUAUAUGUAAACUGCUCAUAGUAGGACCUUGCGAGAAAAUGCGAGACUCAGUAACAUUUUUACGUCAGCAUUGUAGGUUCUCCUUACUAGUUUGUUUGAGGUUACGGCAUAGCAGAACGGCCUGCCUCCAACAGCGUGUGAGGUGACACCCACAGCUGAGCAGGGUAACGCUGCUCUGCUGCUCUACUGAUUAACUGCAAUAAAGGGACAGCAGCUAAAAAUGAAGCCUUUCAGAUGGAGGCGUCAUAAUAGUGUUUUAAAAUACUACUCUGAAAAACAUGUUUUUUUGUUGUUUUUUUAAAAUCUGAAAACCAUGUAAAGCUAUUAAAGAGGAAGCGCAGAAGAAGUGUACCAUCAUUGGCUGUAUCAAGUGUCAAUCAUAGAAAACACGAAUCCCCUAAUAACUUUUAAAAACGGAGCUUCACAGAAAAAAGAGGACUUGAGCACAAACCAGUCUUACAAUAACUUCAUGUCAACAUCACAACUGGGGGAGAAAAAAUUAUGUUCUGUGUAAUAAAUUUCUAAAGCUUGUCCACAGCCCCAUAAGCUUUGCCGGUGGAGGUGGGAUUUAUGACCUAUACUGCAGCCCGUCAACAGAGUGUGCUGUUUACAGAGUGGCUUCUACCAGCAAGGAGGCAGACGGCGUCCAUUCUAUGUACUGUCUAUGAUCAGAACACAGAGGGAUGAUUAUGGCUAGGAAGGGCUCCGACUAAAAUCCAAUCAGCCCCAAUUGUUGUUUGUUGGAGGUGGUCUGGUUAACUUUUGAAAGUUUUUGAAAAAAUAUCACGAUGAUUUUCAGUCAGUUUCAUAAACAGCCAAAAAUUACAGCCAUGCAGCUUCAAGGACUGACACAUCUUUAAGUACUCUAUACGAGAUAUCACAGGAGGGAAAUUCUCUACCGUUCACAUACAUAGUGCUGUCGUUUGUUUGAACAGGAUUGACUUCACUCUGGAGCUGCCUCGUCCUCUCAUGCCCAACAUGGUGCUGGUUGGUGGAAUCAACUGUAAUGUGAGAAAUCCUCUACCAAAAGUAAGAGUUUGAAUGUUAUUUACUUUUAUGUCUCUGUUUGAGGAAGGAGAGAUCAAUAAAGAUCAAUACAGGCAGGAGAGAAAUCAUCACAGACCCUGUAUCUGUGUGUUUUUGUGUGUUUUGUAGGACCUUGAGUCCUGGGUGUCAGGGGAACACGGUUUUAUUGUGUUCACUCUGGGCAGCAUGAUGUCAGAUAUGCCAGAAGAGACCACCUCCAUCUUCUUAGAAGCCUUCCGACAGAUUCCACAGAAGGUAGAGGAACAUCAUCAUGUCAUAAAUCUUACACACCUGCAGUACUCACAGGUUACGUUGUGAUAGGUCAUAUGGAGGUAUACCGGGAAGGUCCCUGAUAAAGUCCCAGAAAAUGUGAAAAUGAUGGACUGGGUGCCUCAGAAUGAUUUACUUGGUGAGUAAAUAUUGACAUUUUAUAUAAUACUCAAUAGUGACCAGAAAAGUGUCUCAUGCAGGAACUGCUGACAUAUUUGUAUGUGUGUGUGUGUGUGCGUGUGCGUGUGUGUGUGUUUGUGUGUCAGCUCAACCUGGAGCUCGAGCUUUCGUCACUCACGCUGGCUCACACGGCCUCUUUGAGGGUCUUUGUCACGCUGUUCCCAUGGUGAUGUUACCCAUAGCUGCGGAUCAGUCUGACAAUGCACAGAGGAUGGCGAGCAGAGACGUGGGAGUGGUGUUGGAUGUGUUAACUGUCACUACAGAGAGUCUUCUACAGGCGCUGAACGACGUUAUCAAUGACACCAGGUGAGAGGGAACACAGUUGACACAUUAGCCUCCUGUUUUUCCUCCAUGUUAUAUUGUUAAACUCCUGUGGUGGAUCUGUUCAUGUGCAGGUACAAAGAGAACAUAGAGAGACUCUCAGCUCUUCAUAAAGACCGACCAAUGGAGCCCAUCGACCUCUCGGUGUACUGGACAGAGUUUGUGAUGAGGCACAAAGGAGCCAAACAUCUCAGAGCUGCUGUCCAUGACCUGAACUGGGUCCAGUACUUCUGCCUGGAUGUGAUGGCCUUUCUAGGGACGGUGCUGCUGAUUUUUGUGAUGGUGACUGUAAAAUGCUUCAAGCUGUGCUGCCGUAAACUGAGCAGGAAGAGGAAGCAGGAGUAA